UGGGGAGGGAAUUAUGGAAACUGAAUUGUUAGCCACACAGGCUGGAAGCCAGUGUCUAAAAUUACCAUGACAAUUUGUUCUCAGAGUUUGAUUUCGGUUAUUUUCACGGGAUAUUUUAGAAUUUGGAUAAGAUACAAUUGUUCCUCACACAGAUACCUGAUUGCAAGCAGAUUGCUACUUGUGCAAAUAGACUCCUUCUACAUACAUUUUCUGUGACCCAUAUUUAAAGCCCCCGGCUCAACACACACACAUCCACUUUAUGACUCAUGUUGUCUGACAAAGAUGCAAUUUAGCAGUUAGCUUUGCAGGGAGGGGGUACUGAAAUACAGAUGUGUGAGUGUCUCUCUGAAAGAUAAAGAUAGAAACCCAUAGAAAGACGCAGGCUGGAUUAAGCUUCUGCUUUGGCUGCGAAACGUUGGGGGGGAGGGAGGAUGAGGAGCAGGAGAAAGCCAUUGUGGGUUGGAGGGAGAGAGAGAGAGAGAGAGUGGGGAAGGAAGGUUUGUGUGAGAGAGAUGGAGGUUUAUUUUAUAAUAUGCUGUUUGUAAAAGCAGCAUCACCGAGAGAGGCAUGUGAAAGUGGGCAAAAUGCAGGAAAAACAGGAUUCUCAGAGCCGAGCCCCGGGCAGCACAGGGAAGGCUCACCCGGCUCUCAAAGCCUUUAUGUGUGGCUCUCUCAGCGGCACUUGCUCUACGCUGCUCUUCCAGCCUUUGGAUCUGGUCAAGACACGGCUACAGACUCUGCAGAACAACGCCAAGCCGGGUGCACCGAAGGUGGGGAUGUUUGCUGUUUUCGUCAAUGUUAUUAGGACAGAGAAUUUCUUCAGUCUUUGGAAGGGAGUUUCACCAUCAUUUGUGCGCUGUAUCCCUGGGGUCGGCAUCUACUUCAGCACCUUCUACUCGCUGAAGCAGCACUUCUUCCUGGAGCGGGCACCCAAUGCAGGUGAGGCUGUUCUUCUCGGAGCUGGUGCAAGAGCUUUGGCUGGUGUCUGCAUGCUGCCAUUCACCGUCAUCAAGACACGCUUUGAGAGUGGCUGUUACAACUAUGUGAGUGUGCCCGGGGCUCUGAAGAGUGUGUAUGAGACGGAGGGAAUCCGGGCUCUGUUCUCAGGGCUGACUGCCACGCUGCUCCGAGACGCUCCGUUCUCCGGCAUCUACGUCAUGUUCUACAGCCAGGCCAAGAGGGCGCUGCCUCAAGAGGUGACUUUGUCGGCCUAUGUCCCACUGGUGAACUUCAGCUGUGGAUUGGUGGCAGGUGUCAUGGCUUCGCUGGUAACACAGCCUGCAGACGUGGUGAAGACCCACAUUCAAGUCAGCCCAUCCCACUGGAGCACGGCAGAUGCUAUUCGCUAUAUCUACAUGGAACACGGCAUGGGAGGGUUUUUUCGUGGGGCUGUACCCAGGUCUCUUCGGCGCACUCUAAUGGCUGCUAUGGCUUGGACUGUCUAUGAACAGCUGAUGGCUCGAAUGGGCCUCAAAUCCUGAAGAGCAAUGGUACUGAGCCAUGGAAAAAAAAAGAUGAUAUAUGAGGGGAUAAUGAUCUUUUUUCUCACUGAAAGCCUCAUGCAAGAAGAAAAGGGAACGAGCCAACGAGCUUAUAGAGAGUGAGCCAGCACUACCAGGAGGAACCAGGUGGAUACAUGUCGAAAAAAUGAGUGAGGUGUGUGUGUGUGUGUGUGUGUGUGUGUGUGUGUGUGUGUGUGUGUGUGUGUGUGUGUGUGUGUGUGUGUGUGUGUGUGUGUGUGUGUGUGUGUGUGUGUGUGUGUGUGUGUGUGUGUAUUUUGUUGUUAUUUAAAUGUUUGUGAAAAUGUGUCUGUAGGUGUGUAAGUUUGAGAUUGUGAUGUUACACCUGACACACUUAUGUCAGUCUGAAGUGACACUCCCUGCUGUGAACUUAUUCCUCCUCUUACUAUUUAUGUCUGGACACCCUGAGGUAUGGCUACCACUCAAAAAAUGCCCUUGACUGAGGGUCUGUAUCUUUGCUGGGCAGCUUAGUUGUCUUUGACGAAGUGUUUGAAAACACUGCCAAGACAAACAGGGCAUUCAGCAAGCUGGUGUAGCGUACCUCUGCUGAGGUAACCAAAAAAUAAAGCACUGCAGAGAAGAGGAGCUGUGGCUUCUGCCAUAUUUAUGAAACUUCAGAUUGAGCAAUGUUUCUUACUUGUAUACUGGUAUUAUUUAACAAGCAGACUUAGAGGACAUUUAUUUGUUUCAGGCUCGGACAAUCACAAGUACUUAUACAGCUAUACUGGGCUAACUUCAAUAAUCACAAUAAAGCCUUUGUUGCCAUACUGCUCAAAACUAUGCUAAUUUAAACUUUAUACACAACCGCGGUGCAUUUUUGCAUAGUGAAACCAGAUGUGCUUUUCAGAGAAAUAAUGAUAGUCACAUCCAUAGCUAAAAUAUAUUCAGACCUGUGAUGGCAUCUCAGUCAGAUCAGGAUUUUGUGGAUUUUUGGAUUUUUGUCAUUGUAAUGCUUGAUUCAUUUGAGGACUUAAAGGUACCCUGUGGAGUUUCUGCCCACUAGUGGCACUAUGGAGCGACAUUUUAUGAGUAUGUCCCCUUUUUGUUUCUAUUGUUCACACAGGAGCAACACAAUACUAGUGUAGUCUCGCUGCCAGGUUCACGUUAUUCUACAGUUGACAACAGUAACAUACAUGCACAAAGCACAUAAACAUGCGCUGACACACUUGCAAUAAAGACCAUUUUCAAAACCACAAUGUCAAUGGUUAAGUUUGCAAAUGCCUGUACUAAGUGUGUUCUGUUGAAGGCAAAGUCAUAUUCAUAAUUCCACAGGGCACCUUUAAUCAAAAACAGCAAUGCAAUUUGCAUUGUUCCUUGAGUUAAAGUAAGCACUUUUGUAAGUUUAUUUUUGUGCUAGAAAUUAUUUUGACGAAAGGGUGAAGUUGAAAUCUUUCAAAUAUUUCAAAUGGUGUUGAAUUCAGUUACCUCCUGUGAUUAAAUUAGUUACCUGUUCGCAUUUCUCCAGAACAUUAAGCUUGCAAGUGAAGCAUUGCUUAAUCAUUGUGCUACUAACUGUAAAAAAAUCCAUAUCAGUGCUGAAGAGACAGAUCAAGACAGUUUCCAGCGUUUCACUGGCUUUUUAUAGAUAUUUGAGAAUUCUGACAGAAUUAUUGGUUGUAAAACAUGAAGGCCAUAUUUUAUGUUGCUUGUACAGUGUACCCUUUCACAUAGAUAUUAUUUAUUAGUGUUGAUAUAAAAAAGACGUAAUAUAUUGAAAAUAAAUGUUUAUAGAAAUGCCAAAUGGAAGAUCUUAUUAGUGGAGGAUCGAAAGAUUUAAUUGUCUGAACAAAAUGGAUCAUUAAGCAAACAGCAUGUCAUCUCACUGAAGACCUUUGUUAGUCUUGAUAACGUAACAGAAAUGGCUCUUAUGUCCAGUGUGAUCUGUGAUGUAACAGGGAAACUUGUGCAGCAAAGAAAUUAUAAAUUCAAUAUUACCCAACAAGUAUCUGUUUACUGAGAUGAAAAAGUCUUAAGACCCUGGAAGGAACAGUAUAGCACAUGCUGAGCCAUUAGCUAUCUCCAGAACAAAGAGAGAUGUGAGGCUGUGCAGUUAAACUUGACAGACAAAUCUGGUUUUUAAAUGGUGAAAGUUAGUGGCGUGUGACAGGAGUUGAUGUCGAAAUGCCUCCAUUUUGCUGUGUAACACGAGCUGUGUAUCUAACUGUGCCCUACAUGUGCCAUAAUUCACACCUGGAAGUUUUACUUUGCCAAUAAUCUGUCAUCGCAACACUCCUGUAGUCUUCUGUUGUGACUGUAUUGUAUAUGGUCAUUGUUAUUGUAGAUAUUUGUUUCCCCAGACAGACGCUGUGCCUGCCUGGUUUUUAAUGUCAAUAAAUUCUCUUCUAUUUUUUUUUCAAAA